AUGCAUGCCUCCACGUUCCUUGUGGCGCUCGCCGCCAUAGGAUGCCAUGCAGCCACCAUCCCAGCAUCCUCAUCGAGCGACGCCGCCGCCGCCGCCGCCACCCACAAUCCUCUUGACAGACGCGACAACUACUCCUACUUCGGCGACUGGCCCUUCUCGCACUGCGGCUGCAGCAACAAGCUCAACGAAAAGGACACCGACAACGCCGUCAACGCCCUCAAGGAGCAGCUCAAGAGCGGCCCGCGCUUCGGCUUCAAGUCCUUCUACAGCAUCAGCGGCUCCGUCGUCGCCUUUGUCUGUCGCUGGAGGCCCAGCAACCAGGAGCCGCUGACCCUGGCCACCGUCGAGCCUAUACUGCCCGUCAUCGCGGAGCGCUGUGGCGCCUACAUCGCCGGCACCGUCGCCGGGGCGCACCCAGAGAAGGACCCCGGCUUCGGGUACGGCUUCUGGGUCGGAUACAUGGAGUACAGAGAGGGUCUUGACUUUUGCCAAGGCGCCAACUCCUCCCCUGCGCGCGACUGUCCGACGGGGCUGGCUUCAGCGUUAUCAAUUCCGCCAAAUCGACCCCAGUGA